GGACCCACAGUCUUCACUAUAACCUCACAGUGAGGUUCCAAGGUGGAUCAGUGCAAUCAAGGUUUUUUGCUGAUUGUUAUUGGGACCAUCAGCUCUUUCUUCACUAUGAUAAUCAUGAUAAAGAAAGUGCAAAGCCCCAGGAGCUAUGGGCAGAAAAACCUUUGGGAACUGAGAGCUGGGACACAGAGAUCUGGGAGUUAAUAGAGCACGGCCAGAAUCUAAAAGCAACCCUGGCAGAAAUCAAUGCCCAGCAGGAGCAGAAAGGAGUGUCCCCAGCAGUAAAUGUGACCUGUGGUGAGGCCCUGGAGGACACCAUCAACAUGACAUGUUGGGCUUUUGGCUUCUAUCCCCAGAAUAUCUCUGUGACCUGGCUUCAGGAUGGGGAACCACAGAGCCAGGACACCCAGCAAUCUUGGGGUGUUUUUCCCUAUGUGAAUGGGACCUACCAGACCUGGGUGUCCAUUAGGAUUCCCCAAGGACAAGAGCAGAGGUUCUGCUGCUAUGUGGGAUACAGAGGGAACAACAGCACUGGCCUUGUGUCCUGUGGUGAGCCUGGGCAUUCCUGCCGGAGUUUCCAACCAGGGACCCACAGUCUUCACUAUAACCUCACAGUGAGGUCCCAAGGUGGAUCAGUGCAAUCAAGGUCCUUUGCCAAUGGUUAUUGGGACCAUCAGCUCUUCCUUCACUUUGAUAGUGACAAAAAAGAAAGUGUAAAGCCCCAGGGGCCAUGGGCAGAAAAACCUUUGGGAACUGAAAGCUGGGACACAGAGAUCCAGGAGUUGGCAGAGCACAGCAAGAAUCUAAAAGCAACCCUGGCAGAUAUCAAUGCCUGGCAAGAGCAGAAAGGAGGGUCUCAUUUCCUCCAGGAGACUUGGGGCUGCAAGAUUCACAAGGACAACCGCACCAGGGCCUUCUGGAAUUUCUACUAUGAUGGGGAGCCCUUCCUCUCCUAUCAUCCAGAGACAUGCAGCUGGACAGCGGAGCCAUCCUCAGCUCAGAACUUGGCUAUGGAAGUCAAGAAUUCCUGGGAUGCAGAUGGCAUGCAAAGCAAGGAUUACUGGGCCCAAGUUCCGGGAGAGCUUUGUGGAAGACUCAGGAGAUAUCUAGUCUUCUGGAAGGACUCCUCCUACUCCCCUGGAGCCUCUGCCCAGAGGACCUUGUUGUUUCCAGCAGUGAAUGUGACCUGUGCUGAGGCCCUGGAGGACACCAUCAAUGUGACAUGUUGGGCUUUUGGCUUCUAUCCCCAGAAUAUCUCUGUGACCUGGCUUCAGGAUGGGGAACCCCUGAGGCAGGGCACCCAGCAGUCUGGUGGUAUCUUUUCCUAUGAAAAUGGGACCUACCAGACCUGGGUGUCUACCAGGAUUCCCCAAGGACAGGAGCAGGGGUUCAGCUGCCAUGUGGGACACAGCGGGAACAACAGCACUGGCCUUGUGUCCUGUGGGACUGCACUGCUGCUUCUGAGCCAAUGGGCUGCCUUCCUGGGUGUGGCUGCUGCUGUUGGUGUUCUGAUUAUGAUUAUUGUUUGUGUCUGCUCCUGCAAGAAAAGGAAGACAAAAUCUACUUCAGAAGGUUCAGAUCCCUCUAAAGGAGUGUCCCCUGUGGGAGAUCUGGAUUGUGACCAUGACAAUGCAAAGGAACAGAAGAUGGGCCUACAGUUCACACUGCAGAAUCUCAGGAAAACCCUAGUUUUCUUUGGGAAGAAGACCUCUGAGGACUGUGAGGAUUGUGGCCUGCAGAAGUCCCUGCUAGGAAUGGAGAGCCCCUGAGCCUAUAUAACCUGGAUCAGCAGCAGAGGGCACCAAGUGACUACACUGGAUCCACACAGCUGGGAUGUUAACCUUUGCUGAGAGCUCCUGGGGCUUCCGGGGGAGCUUACACUGGGCAGCCCUGCUGUGACAAGCACUUUAUGUCUUGGUGCCUUGGUUUCCUCAUCUCUACAAUGUGAAAACGUAUGUUUACUAACUAGUGCAGCUGUUCUGUCCUAAUAUCCUUAUUAUUUUACUGUAUUUUAGCACAUUACAUAUAAUUAUGGUAUUUUAAUAAAUGAGAUUUUUUUGUAA